AUGCUGCCGACAUCCCAAGAAAAUAACAUAUCAGGUGUCAUUAGCCCCGCUUCCUUUUCUGAGGUGUAUCCUUCGAAUAAUUUAGAAAACAUUUCAAAUAUUACUCAGAGAAACGAGGUCCUCGACGGCACAACCUCUUCUCCAUUCUACUUACACACAGAGCAAGGUAGCCCCAACAGUGGGACUCUCGGUCUAACUAAUACCGCCGUCCUCACCGCACAGUUCGCGACGGCAUUACCGGGAUUACGACCUCUCGAUUUCCCCGCUAGAGCAGCCACCCGGGCUAAACAGGAAUUAACCUUCCUUCAAGGAUUCGAUACCCUUCUAAUUUUUAACUUCUUCGCUUUCCCUACAUUCAAACAAAGAUACGGAACGCCAACAUCUAACUCCGGGUAUCAAAUUUCUUCGACGUGGCAAUUCGCCUUAUCAACCGCAGCAGAGGCCGGCGAGAUAGUCGGGCUACUUACAAAUAGCUAUUUUACUAAUCGAAUCGGCUACCGCUAG